AUGGCUAUCAAGACUCACAAUGGGCUAAGUUCUAUCAAAGUCGCCAUCAUUGGCGGCGGGCCCGGGGGGUUGGGUGCAGCGAUUGAGUUUGGCAAGUUGAACUAUGUUGACUGGUCACUUUACGAAAAGAAGUCACAAAUCAGUGAAACUGGCGGCGGUAUCAGCCUACAGAGACAUACAUGGAGGCUCCUAGAGCUGAAUGGGGCAGCCAAGAACAUUGAUCCCUCGGAUUUCUUCAGAUCUCCUGAUGGAACUAGCGGACAGUCAAGAAAUGGAAGAACCGGAAAGCUUCUGGAGCAGCACCAUCAUCCCAAAGAUACACCGCCGCAGCAAGUGAGCUGUCGCAUGGUUCGAGCUAAGCUUCAGGCUGCUCUGCUCAAAGAAGUUGAUCAAAGUCGUAUCAAGACCUCAAAGAAGCUAGUUGAUAUCACGAAGCUAUCUACUGGUAGGGUUGCGAUCCGUUUCGAAGAUGGCUUCAGCGACGAAGUUGAUUUACUUGUCGGAGCAGAUGGCAUUCGUUCUGUAAGGCUCAACCCCAUUAUGAUCCUCGAGACAACGGGAACUAAUGACAUGAAGUUUGUGAGAUCGUAUGCUUUCCCCGAGCACAAGAUCAAAUACAACGGCCAAUCUGCCUAUCGCACCAUCAUUCACAAGCCUACAGCCGAAAAGAUUGAGGGAAUCCCGAAGUCACCCGUAUUCUGGCAGAACAUUGGUGGCAAGUACGUGUUUACGUGCCCUCUUGGCGGAGAUGAUUUCGAGGUCACUGCACGCAUCCGCCGGCCGAUUGAAGGGCAGGAACAUGUCAGCUGGGGUCGGCCUUUUGACUUUUCCACUAUCGCCUCAGAGUACGACGAAUUUUGCGAACCUGUCCGCGAAGUAAUCCAACUUGCCGCUCAAGGUGAGACACAGGAAUUCGCACUUUUCUCGGGUCCGCGACUAGAAAGCGUCAUCUAUGAGAAAGCCAUUGCCUUGAUUGGAGACGCAUCUCACCCUCUAUCAGGAGCGUUUGGUGCUGGGGCUGGAUUUGCUUUGGAGGAUGUCUAUGCCUUGACGCAAAGCAUUGACUGGCACUGGAAUAAUGGUGGGGGCUUGCCUGAGGCCCUGGAGCUUUAUGACCAUAUCAGAUCACCUCAUUAUCGCGACUUGUACAAAGUCUUGGAUGAUUUUGGUGCGAUGAACACUAAGCUGCUUUCGGAGAAUCUUCCUGUCAAUGAGGAGAUUGAGGAACGGGUCCGAAGGGCAGCUGAGAGUAAGAGUACGUGGAUGUACCUUUACGAGAUAGAUAAAGCGGUCGAAAAGCUGCUUGGAGCUGCCACCCAGCAUGGCCAAGUCGCAGCUGUGCUUUGA